CCGGCAGUUUCCGCCCUGUUUCCAAAAUGUACAGAGCAUCUUGGGGACAGCUCCUCGCCUUUAACAGUAAACCCCAGCGUUUAAUUACCGAUGCAAAUCUAUUCUCCUCGAAAGGUGUUAUAGGUUUGGGUAAUGGGGUGCGGUCCUCUUCCUCUUCUGCAACAUCCACCACCCCAAAACACUCGAAACCGAAGCUGCUUCCUGCAGCUGAGGAAAUGACGCGUUUUCCUGAUCUUACGAAACCUGACCCUAUUCUUGACACCAAAGUCGUGUCACACGUCUCUCCCACUGUCAAACACCCAUACUCAGCUACAAUCAUUCAUCACACGCCCCGAUUUGGAUCGUCCAUAGAGCCCUUUCCUUCCACAUCUGUAGAACAAUCCAUAACUAAAUCUGAAGACGGUGACAGCUCGAAAUCCAUUGAGGAGGGUUGGGAGAAAGAAAACAUUCGAGGCCGCAAGCGGCGGUCAAAGCAAGAUGGAGACCAUAAAAUCGACGCGCAAAGACAGGAAAUAGCUAAUGCGCGUAUGCUCUACCCCAAACAAUUCCUCCAGAAGCUUCAUCGAUACCCAUUGAUCGUUAAAAGGGUCGUACAGCAAACACCCAAAGGUCGACAAGCUUCAUUCUUUGCACUCGUUGUUGUCGGCAACGGUGAUGGUGUAAUGGGAGUUGGGCAAGGGAAAGACUCGGAAAAUAUCGGUGCCGCGCAAACGAAAGCAUAUGCGGAUGCGUUCAAAUCGCUAGACACUGUCGAACGAUUCGAAAAUCGAACCAUAUUCACUGAGAUCCAUCACAAGCUAGGAGCUACUCAGGUAACUAUGUGGCCACGUCCUGCCGGGUUUGGUCUUGCAGUCAAUCCCUAUAUCCACCGGAUAUGCAAGGCAGCGGGAAUUCGCGAUCUCAGUGCGAAGGUCAUUGGAAGUAGGAAUCCAAUGCAAGUUGUGAAGACAACGAUGAUGAUGCUACAAGGGGGUAGUGCACCGUUAGGCUUUGGCGACGGUGUAGGCGGCAAAAUUACGCGCCUCGAGGCAAAGGAAGGGAUACGGCCAAAAGAGGUUGUCGAGAGAGAACGAGGUCGGAAGCUUAUCGAAGGCAGUGGUUGGCUAUAGAUUAGAACAGCAUGAUACAUUGGGAGGUAAUAAAGAUACACAUGAGAGCGAUC